CCGUCCGAGAUCAUCCGAUCUGGCCAAACACUUUUUCUAUAAAUAUGCAUUAACCGCUCUUCGAUUCAAACAUUUUUGCAGUUGGCUUUGAGCGAGAGACGAGAGAUUCGUGAAGAAGGAAGAUGGCCCGUACUAAGCAAACUGCCCGUAAGUCAACUGGUGGAAAGGCUCCUAGGAAGCAACUCGCUACCAAGGCUGCCCGUAAGUCUGCUCCAACUACUGGAGGAGUGAAGAAGCCUCAUCGUUACCGCCCUGGUACCGUUGCUCUUCGUGAAAUUCGCAAGUACCAGAAGAGUACUGAGCUCUUGAUAAGGAAACUCCCGUUCCAGAGACUUGUCCGUGAAAUUGCCCAGGACUUUAAGACUGAUCUGCGGUUCCAGAGCCAUGCAGUGCUUGCCCUGCAGGAGGCUGCUGAAGCAUACCUUGUUGGUCUAUUUGAGGACACCAACCUGUGCGCCAUCCAUGCCAAGCGUGUUACCAUUAUGCCCAAGGACAUCCAGCUUGCUAGGAGGAUCAGGGGUGAACGUGCUUAAGUAUGGAAAUGGGGAAAGCAUAGUUGUGGUUUUUUAGUUUUGAUGUGUUGGUUUGCUCAGUCAAAGUUGUUUAGGUGGUAGACGUUAGUUGUUGGGUCUGGUAGUUUUAUGGCUGUGUAAUGCAGGGUUACAUAACUGGGUGGUGUUUCUCUGAUGAGAGAGAUGAUUUGAUGCUUUUGCUACACCUUCUACCAUAUUUUGUGGUACUGAUACUUACCUAUUGUUGCUAAUCUAGUUCAAUGUUUCAGUUCUCAGUUUAGUU